CGUGGCUCUAUAUACAAAAUGAGGGGCUAAUACCGUGAUUGAUUCCUGUCAGUCUAGUGCAGGAGGAGUUUGAUAUACUGGAGCUUCAGAGAGAGGUGCUUUACAAUUUCUCUGGUGAAGAUCUUUGUGAUUUGAGCACCAUCUGUGUGUGACUGGGAGCAAUUCUCCAGUCCUCCUCUCUCUCCUACUGUAGGAUAAAGGCUCAGAUGCAGCAGGAGUCUCCAACUGCAAGCACAGUCAGCAGACAGCAGAGCCUGUACAAACACAAACACACAUCACUAUUAGCACAAUCCCUGAGACAGACAGAAGCGCAGGGUGCACACAGGCACGAAUUUACCCAGUUCUUCUCUUGGCUUUCACACAGGAUUUGCUACAGGUGACAAACUUCUUCGUUCUUGCGUCUCGUGAGUUCCUGUGCAGGAGCCAUUGGAUUCUCACACAGCGUCCAAACAGUCAUACAGAGGUCCUGCAAUCUCUUCAUAUGAUCUUCUGAACGUCAACCAUGAACACUAUAUAGACAGGAUCACUCUGUUGGCGAGAAUAUAUGCAAAAAUGGAGCAAGAUUGCUCCGAGCUCCCCAAUAUUACAGAGUAUUGGUCAGCUUCAAUAUCUCCGUUUGACAAUUUGUCCAUGUUGGUACCCACCAACAUGUCCAGCAACGUCACCAUGCCAUUUUAUGACAUGACAAGCAAUGCCGUCCUAACCUUUAUUUACUUUGUUGUGUGUAUUGUUGGACUGUGUGGCAACACUUUGGUCAUCUACGUAAUUCUCCGUUACGCCAAGAUGAAGACAAUCACCAAUAUAUACAUCCUUAAUCUGGCAAUUGCAGAUGAGCUCUUUAUGCUCGGCUUGCCUUUUCUGGCGAUGCAGGUUGCCUUGGUCCACUGGCCAUUUGGCAAAGUUAUUUGCAGAAUUGUCAUGACUGUAGAUGGACUAAACCAGUUUACAAGCAUUUUCUGCCUGACAGUAAUGAGCAUAGAUAGGUAUCUUGCAGUGGUUCAUCCCAUCAGGUCAGCCAAAUGGAGGAGACCUCGGACAGCUAAAAUAGUCAAUGCUGCUGUGUGGACCAUCUCUCUUUUGGUAAUAAUGCCUAUUAUGAGUUAUGCUGGAGUGCAAAGUUACCACGGAAUAAGCAGUUGCACUAUAAUCUGGCCUGGAAAGUCUAACAUCUGGUAUACUGGCUUCAUAAUCUAUGCGUUUAUUCUGGGAUUUCUGGUUCCACUUAGCAUAAUUUGCCUUUGCUAUCUCUUCAUCAUCAUUAAAGUGAAGUCCUCUGGGAUCAGAGUAAGUUCUUCUAAGCGUAAAAGGUCAGAGAAGAAAGUCACCAGAAUGGUGUCUAUAGUGGUGGCAGUUUUCAUCUUCUGUUGGUUGCCCUUCUACAUUUUUAAUGUUUCAUCUGUCUCUCUAUUGAUUGUGCCAAAUCCAGGCAUUAAGGCUAUUUGGGACUUUGUGGUGGUUCUGAGCUAUGCCAAUAGCUGUGCCAAUCCUAUACUGUAUGCCUUCCUCUCCGAUAACUUUAAAAAGAGUUUUCAGAAUGUCUUGUGUUUAUCUAAAGUGAGUGGCGUGGAUGAAGGAGACAGAAGUGACAGCAAGCAAGAUAAAUCCCGACUAAAUGAAACCACAGAAACUCAACGCACUCUACUUAAUGGAGACCUCCAGACCAGCAUCUGAGUAUGGGUCACUAGCAAGCAACACUAAUGUGAGGCCAGAGACUACCAACUGAGCUACUCUGAGGGGAAACAUCUGAACAAAAUAUCUAAAAAAGAGCAGGUCAAAUUUGUAUGUUGAGAAUUGUUCAACAAUCACUAUACUAUACAGUUAUAUUAUCUACAUGUGUCAAAAUGGAAGUGUGUAUUAAUAUUUAUGUGAUGUACAUAGCCUUCUUAUGAGGCCUUCACUGCCAGAACUGUAUGAUGUCUACCAAGUUUUAGAGCACAGCGGCCUCUCUUUCUUGCCUGCUCAUUGAAUCUUUGCCUGUAAAAAUGAAAGACACCUAUGCCAGCUUUAUGGUGGAUCUAAAGAGCUCAACAUGUCAAAAUUGGGAAAUAAUGAAGGUCCCAGAAAACAGAAGGCAAUAAUACUCCAUCAAGAGCAUGUCUUCUUUGAUUUUACAGUAAAGUUUGGUACACCAAAAUAACGAAUAACCCAAACUAUAUAUCUAUUGAUUUUAUCCAGUGCAGUAUCCUAAAUGCUUUCCAACAACGGAGGAGACCAAAUUCAGUGGGACAUCUUCUACCUUUUAAUGUGUCCUAAAAUAGACCAAGUGCACCUGUUUCUACAAAUCUACAAAUCAGUGCCGAUACAAAAAAUAAAAUAUAUCUAAAUUCUUCACCUGGACCUAAUAUUGUCUUUGGCACAACAUGGCCUUAUUACUAAUCAUAUUACUUUUUGAACAGAUACAAGAGCUCCUUCAUUUUGACUUUUUUUUUUUUUUUUUUUUGAGGAAAAUGUUGGAUGCCGAUUGAUUGUUGGUUUUCUACUUUCUAAAUGUUAUUGCAAUUGCCUACUGUAAGGUGGGGUAACUGGCAUACCUGCAGCUGUAACUGAUUGAAAAGAUGAAUUGACUGACUGAUGGUGUUGGGAGUUGUCACACUUUAACAGCACUUGGGGACCUGGUUAACUUACCCAAGUUAUGGUUAACUUUUAGCACCCCAGCAUGUGCUAGUACUCCAGUUUACCAAUAAUCAUAAAAGGAAUGAUGUAAUACACCUAUGCGGUGCUCUAUUCACCACUAACAUAUCCUAUACCUCUGUUACAUUUAGAUGGGCAUGUCCAACUUUUCGCCAUUAGGAAAAUAUGAGCUUACACGUGGAAGAGUAGCAAUCUUUGUUCGUCUGUCGUUGUUCUGAAUUAAAAUCCUGUUCAGACAAUGGCAGAGGUAAAAUUUAGAGACCUGAUCUCCAAAUUUUGUGCUGAUUUAGACCUCGAGAACAGUCUCUCUAAAAUCUCCAAAUUUUGUGCUGAUCUAGACCAUGAGCACAGUCUUCAAACAUUCUCAUUUCUGCAUCUUCUACAAACAGCCUUCAUGUACACAAUAAGUGGCCAACAGACAAACCCGCGACAUUAACCUCUAUUGCAUGUUUAUAGUUACACCAUUUUGUAGGAUAUAUACUAUUUUACUAAUAUCAUAUAUCAUAUAUAUACACGUAUAUAGUUAGCAAUAACUAGAAUUAAAGUGGACAUCAGAAAUAAAGCAAAACAAAAAAUGUUUUAGAAUGUAUUAAAUUGUGUUAAUACACUUAUAUAUGCAGGGGUAUCACGAAUUGCACUUUAAUUGUCUAGAAAUAAGCCUUGCAUCUUGCAUUAAUAAAUGAGAAGACAAUCCAAGACAGUUCAUCCCAUGAAAGCAGCUUCUAGAAGCUGUUCCGGUGAGAGGACAAACAUUUUUUUAAAUGAUUCUAGCCUGGGACUGUAUUUUUAGAAUUUAAACCAUGUAUUGAAAUGUGUAUCCCCACUAGAAAGUUCUAGACAUAUUAAACAAAAACAAAACUUUGACAGCAGUCUGUUCCACUGAAUAAAUUUAAAGAUUGAUUUUUCAGCGCCAGCUGUAUGGCUGGAUCAGACAGGGCAGACAGACAUGUCGAUGUAACAGACAAGGCUGUUCUUGGAUCAUGGUACUUGAUGUGGUGCACACAAAGUACCAUCAAAUCAAGUCAAACAUCUUUGGAGAUGGAGAUGGAGAUGGUUUUAUAUAAAGAUUUAUUCCAGAGGCCAAGUAACACACUUGGAGUAAUCAGCAGAAAUCUUCAUUUUGCUUUCAUGGUGAUAGCUAUAAUUUUAUAAAGUUGCCCCAGAAAGGCUCUUUAUACAAAACUUUAUAGUCAGCAGCAAUUGGAAGACCAAAGGCAAGAUGUGGCAUUGACACUAACCAACUGCUCUCCCGUGUCUGCAGUGUAGAACUUCCUAUGGUGGACAUCACAGACAGUACCAGUUUUGAUUGCUGCUGAUAUUGGAAUAUUACGAUUAUGGAGUUACGAUUCUGGAUGCCAACGCCUUUCUGAUAGAGGAUUGGUUGAGAACUGGGGACAGCCAAUUCAUGAUCAAUAACUUUGGAGAAAAGUUAUCUUUCAGCUAAAGUGCAAUUUUUCCAGAUUUUACAUAAGCUGAACUUCGCACUCAUUGCACUGCACCAACUAAUUUUUUUCACAUUGUUGACCUCAUCAAAAUUAAAUGUGUGGCUAAUAAACAUGCACCCAGUGACAUGCUUGCAUAGCUAAUGUGUGGACAUGAUUUAGCCAUCACCAUCAUAAGAUUAUGUUGGAACAAUUUGCACUUCAUUUUAUUUUCCCUGAAACAUUUCGC